CGCAACCGUUUGGCCCUUUAUUAUAUGGACCCUUCGUUAACCCCAUUCUGCCUGUGCUACCAGCUCAUUAUAAGAAUUUCGGGAGCGAUUGGCUGCAACCAUGCAUUCCAUAACUCUUGUGUGAUUAGAAUACUAAGGCAAACGUAUACAUAGAAUUUCAUACAUAGAUUCGCCAUGCCUGCGGGAGAUGACUUUAUACCAAAAUGCUUGAAACUCAGCGUUUUCUUCAUCAAUUGCGUUUACUGGUUUCUUGGAGUGGUGACUAUAGUAAUCGGAGCUCUUGUCCACGUUAUUCAAAUACAACCGGUGCUACGCUUGGUUGAUCCAAAUCCUAAUCCUUCCAUUCUUAUGAUAAUGCUCGGUGGAAUUCUAUUUGUGAUGGCCAUCUUUGGAUGCAUUGGGACACUCAGAGAAAAUGUUUGCUUGUUGAGAUGGUAUCUCGUCUUCUUACUUGCCUUGCUGGUUCUGCAUCUAGCCAUGGGAGUAGUUUCUUUCAUCUUUAUUUCUAGAAGACACAUAAAAAAUAAUACUGCAGAUGAUGCGUUUCGCCAAGCGAUACUCAACUAUCAAGACGAUGACAGUACAGCUGACUUCAUUGAUUAUAUCCAAACUACGCUUCAGUGUUGCGGUUCAAACGAAUAUAAGGACUGGGCACUAAAUCCUUACUUCAGAUGCGUCGAGGAUAACAUCAAUACAGAAAAAUGCAGUGUACCCCCUUCUUGCUGCAAAUUUGUCGAGAGUGAAUCAAUCAACACGAUGUGCGGCUAUGGUGUUUUGAAUGAUUCUGCAUUGUCUCAGCCUGAAAUACGCAGCUUAGUGUACCGAAAAGGCUGCAUUACAAGGGUUGACGAAAACAUCCAAUGUGCUGCAGUUGUGCUUGGCUUUGCUGCAUUUAGUAUAUCAGUGCCUUUGCUCUCUGGUAUUAUAUUAGCAACUCGUAUGAUCAAGUCCCUUGAAGAAAGCAUUAAAGAAUACUGCAGGACCAGAAGACAACGGGAUAGAAUAAUUAACAUCGUUCCAAACACAAGAGUUUAUCAUAUACCUGACCCUCCGACCGAACAGAAACCUAAUUCAUAUGCUGCUAUCUCAGCCUCAUUAUAAUUUUCAUCAAGGCUUAUUUUUUAUGGAUUUAAAAGGCAUUUAACCCACUGUAAAUGGAGUUAUUAAACAAAUGCAUGCAAUGAUAAAUGAAAAUAAAUGAUCUUUGAGCAUA